AGGCGUCAAUUACUUGUUCAAAUGAAUCAAUAAAAUGCAUGUCGAAAGAUGAUGGAGUUUUAGUUUUGCCAAAGUUUAAGUGCUUCGAUUCUAUGGCGUAUCUUUUGCUAUAGUAUUACAACAGGACGAACAGGUCGUGCAGGAUCUUCCCGCGGAGUAUGCUUGUAGCACAGUAGGGAAUCAAGAUGGCGGUGGGUUUUUUUACUGUGCUGGGGUGGAUUUGCUGGACGAUCGUGUUUGCAGUCGGCGUCGUGGCUAUUGUGCUGGACAAGGACGAAAAAUUAUCAAGAGAAAAAGAAAGAUAAAGCUGUGUACCAUGCUAGUGCUCUAGCACGAAAAGAACCAUUCUGCAUCAGCAUCAUCAUCAAAGUUUGUAUAGCAGACGGCGCAAAGGUGGAGGUGCGUCGUGGCUUCAUUUUGUUCCUAAGAUUCUGAGCAUGAAUGGCCUUGCAUAGACACGACAGCGCACCUCUAUGGCACUUCUUCUCCACAGCUCUGUGGCUUCACGGCCAAAAAUGAAUCGGCUUCUCGGUGCUUAAAGCUACACACUUUUCUCUCGAUACCAACCGAAAGAACCGCACACUUUGGGGAAAGUCGAUGGAAAGACCGGGAAAAACCACAAGUAUUCACGGAUAACUUAGCUUCAACUGAUAGAUGGACUGUGAUAGUUGGAAUCUGAAGAGGUAGCGCAGGUCUUGGAUGAGUUGUCACCCGGCUGUAAAAGUAAGUGUUAAUAUGGGUAGAGGUCGUAGUACGAUGAAAUAACUACAAUGACAAUAAGUGAUGUGAAAUGUCGAUCAUGAUCAAGAUUAUCGCAUGUAAGUACUAUUUUCACGAAACGAAAAUACAUACGAAAGACUUUAUGUCGAAGUCAAACCCGAUCGACAUGCAUGGCACUUGACUACCACUACUUGAGGCAUCAAGAGUCAUGAAGUAGCGACAAUUUUGUUUUUUAUUGCUCCUCCUGUCUCUUUCAGGCACAAGAAAAAUAUCGCGAAGACCACGGACGAUGACCAGGACGAGGAGUACUACUCGGAGGAAGUUCAUCCCGAUGGAUCUUUCGUAGAGCAAAGGCCGGCGUGGCCGCGGUUGCCGGUAUUUGAUCUAGUACAGCCUACACUAAAAAUGAAAUUGGUGCGACAGUGCAUCAUGAAAAACUACACAUGUUGAUGCAGUACAGUGCACGAUAAGCUAUACACGCAAGCUGAAAUAAACAAUUUUUUGAGUUUGCCUCGAAAUAAUCUUGCAGUUUCGCGGCCGAGGACCGCGAGGAAGUCAAGUAGCACCGGACCAAGGACAUGCAGACAAUGCAGCGCAACCGGCCGGCGAACCAGCCCGGGCCCAGAGUCGCCUCGCCGGGCUCCGGGACAGAGCGGUAUUCUAUGACUACGUACAGUAAAUACAGUUGAGGCAGCACCGCAUGAAAUACAAAUAGUGCGAGUGCCUGUAUAUAAAUGUAAGCAAUACAGUGGGAAGAUGCAACGCUGCUCGUGCGAGCUGCAGCGAUUUUUUUUAUUUUGCAGUGUUCUUUCAUUAUAUUGCAGGCACGAUUUGCGGGCCGCGGUGGACGAUCAGAUGAAGUGCAGCCCUUUUACCAACGUAUGACCCAAAUCAGUUUUGUAUAUAUUGAAGUACGAGAGCCAGGGGACAUGGAUGCAAAUAUAUUGAAUCGCAACAGAGCGAGAAUCAGUUAGGGCAAGUUGCGUGAGUUAAUCUAUUCUUUAUUUCUGGACAUGGGCGGGGGCUCCCCUUUUCGCUAAUUCGCAGAAAAAAUAUGAAUCACAAGACGAUGAAGAUACGUACCUUAUUUGGAUUCUGUGUUGAGCGAAAAGGGGCCCGACAAGCAAGCUCAACCUCAACUUCCUUGACUUCGUAGCGUAUGCAUGUUUCCUUGGUUCGUUCCAGUACUAAAAGCAUUUGGUCAGCUAACUUGUAUAGCGAAGUUGGAUGGUGAAACUGACAACCAGUUCCGAGCCAGAGUCGCGCGACUGGAGGCCGAAAACCUGCCGCCGGGUGCACAACAAAGAGUCGAAGAAGCUCUUCGUCGCCAAGAAGCGUUCGACGACACGACCGACGGCAUCUAUGUGGAGGAACGUACUUAUCUGGUUGGUUUUCUGAUGCGGCAGAUUUUGGGCGGUUAUACUAACUUGUAUUCUGUCGAGAAGCUUUAGCUUAGCCUAGGUUUUGUUUGAUUGUGUUUUUGUACAAUGGAAUUCUUUGCCAAACAAAGAAUUUACACUUCGAGCCCACGACGCAGCAUAUACAUGACACUUAUGUGCAUACCUAUCAGGUGCUGCAGACGACCGGGACGUGCUCCGUCAAAGCCUGUUGCCAUAGAGGCCCGACGACAGAAGGCAGUUGGGACCGAGGGCGGAUCAGAUCUGAGAGAAAUAGCAAAAAAAAAACGGUGUCCUUGACAAAAGAAUUGCCACCAACAAGAACAACUCGUGAGGAUAAUAUAAAUAUUUUUUCAUAAAUUGUGAUCCAUGCAUGGUAGUGCUAACGGUAGCAGCACGAGCACACUCUUCUUGCAGACAAAAUGGAAGAUUUCAGCGCAAGGACAUAGGAUAGAUAAAUUUCCACUUCUGAAAAAUGUCGGUGACGUUGUAGUGUACAAAGAAUUCGUAUAUUAUACAAGAGGCAGAUAUGCACAUAUUUGUAACUAUUUCCUAUAAUGUACUGACUCAUUUCUUUGAACUUGAAGUUCCGGAAUCCACUUGUACUCAUCGACGACGCGACCCUUGGUGUUGCCACCAUCGAGAUAUUAGAACGGGGUCACAAAAUGUCCGAUUAAGUCCUCGGGGGACCUGCGACCCACCCAGCUGGGUGGGCCUUAGGUCCCCUGUCCCAAUAAUCAGGUUAUCUAACUAUGACUCUGCCACAGCUCGCGUCCGCCCAUAUUGUUUUCUCGCCGUUCGUUUUUGUGGGUGUAAAUCUGUACUAGAGUCUUGCACUAUUGUACUUGUGCCUCCAUUUGUCGGCACUUAUCCAAGAAAAGAGCUUAUUUGGUGGGUGUAAAUCUGUGAUGCAGAAAAUGCAAAACUGUUUCACAGGAAACUGCAGAAACACUUUUGCACUUUCCGCAUCACGGGCCCCUUUUGCGUAAAAACAGCUUUGCAUUUUCUACAUCACAGAUUUAACCCACAGCAAAGCUUUUUUCUUGGAUGAGUGCAGUGCGCAAAUCCUUUUUCUUGGAUUAGUGCAGUGCACAAAUACAAUAAUACAUAAGCUACUGCGUCACAGAUUGACACCCACAAAAAAGAACGGCCAGAAAACUGGAACGGGCGGACGCGAGCUGUGGCGGAUUCGUAACUUAGUUCUAUACUGGGACAGGGGACCUAAGGCCCACCCGGCUGGGUGGGUCGCAGGUCCCCCGAGGACUUAGUCGGACAUUUUGUGACCCCGUUCUUAUUGUUUAUGCCUCUAAUUCAAGUGCCUGUACGUAACUUGAGUUUCGAGUAGAAAAAUAUGAGCACGCAGGUCGUGGUCGGGCAUAGAUUUCACCAGUAGGCCCAAUGGCUGCAGCACAGCGUGCGCGAGCAGGAUUGGAGGUGAUGCUGGAGCGGUUCUCUGUACGUUGUUGAGCUACUCAGGCUACGUCAAUUUCCCUUACCACGAGCACGCGACGCAACCCAUGCCCUGCUUAAGCAUUACCUUCACUACAGAGAAUAACUCUGAUCCAAACUGCAU